GACGAGAUAGCGGAAUAUUAACUUAACGUGGGCGUAUUGGGAGUUUUCAGCCGGUAUAAAAGCUAGUUCACGUUGAGAGAUAAGGUGUCGUUAAACUCUAGAGGAUUCGAUUUAAAGAAGUGUUAUGUUGGAGUUUCUAUUGUCUAAUUCGCAGAUUUGAAACAACAUAGCACGUUGCGCAUUUGGGGCAAUUUAGAGCGAAUCGGAUUAUCGUAGACACUAAAAUGAUGAUGAUAGUAUUGGUGAAGGCGGAAAUAAAAAAAUUCUUCGGUUUCAACGAGUUCCGGUCACCCAGCAGUAUAGCACUUCAAGCGGCCGUAAAUGAUCUAUUCGCGAACAACGCUUAAUACUCCUUUAGAUUAAACAAUGUCUCCGUGAGUUGUGUAUACCAACAACAGCGAAUCCUCCCCGACAAACAUCCACGGUACAGUAUUGCAUACAUCAGUGUAGCGUGUACGCAAGAACCACCGUCCCGUCGCGGCGCUAUAAAACCGCCGCCGACGCGCGAAUUGUUCCACAUAGCGCGGCCACUUCGUUGUGUCCCUCCGGCAUCGCUCUCGCAGAACGCACCAGGUCCAUCGUCCUUCGUCCUUCGCGGCGUCCCGCUCGCAGCAUGCAUCGCCCGCUCGGAUGGCUCCUGCUCCUCGGCCUGGUGGCCGCCAUCCGCGCCCGUCCCGACGCCGGACCGGCCACCGGCGCCCUAGCCUUGGCCUCUCUCGGAGGCUCCCCCGGAAAGAUCGCAUUCUCUCAGCCCGCCCAAGGUCUUCCGAGUUUACGUAGUUUAAUUCUGCAAAAGCAUUUGUCGAAGCCCGAAAGGGUGAAGAGGACUUCAGAACAUCAUAUUUCAGAUUGCAUUCAUAUGACAUCGGAGGAAGGGGAUUUCUAUUACAAAGCUCAAAUCGCCGACGGUCAAGCUUGCGGGGUUUAUAUUUUCGCCGAGCCCGAUCAAAACAUCGAAAUCCGUUUCAAUUUUUUGGACGUGCCCUGUGAAAACGGAGGCCUAGUUUCGGUAGUGGACGGUUGGGAACUGAAAGGGGAGUUCUUCCCCAGCGCCAGGGAUCACGCGAAGCCGUUGAGGGCGCGAUUCGAGGAGUUCUGCGGCCAAAGGAAGAUCAAAAAGGUGUUCACGAGCUCGCAGAACGUCGCCUUGAUACAGUACAGGAUGCCGGCUAGAGGAACGAAUUUCAGCUUCAACAUCAGAUUCAUCAAGAAUCCGACACCUUGCAACGUUUUCUUCCAAUCCGACGUCUUUGAGCCGGUUUAUACGAUGCACAACUACGGGAAACGGGUCAACUGCAGUCUUAGCACUCUUUUUCCAGCUUCGGUUCACAUACAAUCCUUGGACGUGGGAGUAACACCCAGCUCAGAAAGAGGAUUACAGCUAGAAACCGGCACGAUACACAAGGUUCGGUCACAGUGCAAGAAGCGCGGGCUGGACGAUUACGUGGAGGUGGGCGGCUCGCUGGGAUUGGACAACAUGUUCAUGCAGGUCGCCGAUUCCUUUUGCGGGAUGAAUUCGAAGCCGGAAAGAUACGCUGAAACUGUAGCUUGUGAUACUACGACAGUACGAUUAGUAUCUUCAGGAGCUUAUGAUAAUUCUGUGACUGUUCACAUGAGGCCGAUGACGGAAAACGACAUUGAUGGCCAUUUGAGCGUCAUUUGUUAUGGAGAUGAUUUGUUAGAGAAAUAGUGGAUUCGUUUCCGCAGUCUACAAGUAUACACUUGAAGAUAUAUGAUUUCCCUGACUGUGUUGUAUUGUAGAUUAAAAGAAACCACUUACAUUAAUAAAAAGUAGGUAUCUUGUAUGUGUAUAAAAUAUUCAAAUAAACGAUGUAACCUUUAA